AGAGAGAGAAAGACGGGCAGAGGAACGGGUGACAGAGGGCGAGGUCGUUAAAAAGGGCCGAAACGAGUGCGAACAAUGGCCUCCGGUCAAACUUCAUGGCGCCAUUCCUCAAGCCGCCUUCCUCCUUUAGACAUAAGCCCAACCCUAAUUCGCACUCCAUCCCCUUCGUUCUCCGCCACUUGUGUGCCUCCUUCCCGAAUUAACCCCCCCGACUUCUUACCCGUGGGGUUUCCAUUGAGGUGGGGUUAGGGUUUUCCUUUACUUACUCUGUUACCAGUUUGCUGGCUGUGAAUAAAGGGAAAGAUGGAUGGGGCGGCGGGAGGUGGAGACAUGGAGCUGAUGUGCAAGACGCUGCAGUUCGAGCACAAGCUUUUCUAUUUUGAUCUGAAGGAGAAUCCCCGGGGUCGGUACCUCAAGAUCUCGGAGAAGACCUCGGCGACAAGAUCAACCAUCAUUGUCCCUGUCAACGGUAUUGUAUGGUUCCUGGAUCUCUUCAACUACUACGUCAACACGGAUGAGCGUGACAUAUUCAGCAAGGAGCUAAAGCUUGACACCAAGGUGUUUUACUUUGACGUUGGUGAAAAUAAAAGGGGCCGCUUUUUGAAGGUUUCAGAAGCAUCAGUUAAUCGCAAUCGUAGUACGAUUAUUGUACCUGCAGGAAGCUCUGGUGAGGAGGGAUGGGCAGCAUUCAGGAAUAUUUUACUGGAGAUCAAUGAAGAAGUAUCCCGAAUCUUCAUAUCUAAUCAGCAAAAUAUGGAGCCUUCGGAGCAUCUACCAGGACUUUCAGAUGAUGUGGGAGCUGGAUUCAUAUCAGGUUCAGGUCAUAGUAAUCACCCAGUUCCAGAAUCUGACUUAAGUCUUGAUAGACUAGUUGAUCAGUUGCCUCUACAAGAUGACGUUGCAAGCAUGGGACUCUCCAAAGUCAUUCGAGCAGACCAAAAGAGGUUCUUCUUUGAUUUGGGAAGCAACAACAGGGGUCAUUUCUUGAGGAUAUCAGAGGUGGCUGGACCAGAUCGCUCAUCUAUCAUCUUGCCGUUAUCUGGUCUCAAGAUGUUCCACGAAAUGAUUGGCCACUUUGUAGACAUAACAAAGGACAGGCUAGAAGGGAUUUCGAGCGCAAAUGUGAGGACUUUGGAGCCUUCUCAGAGAUGAAGUUAUUGCUGGUUGGCUGGUUUCAGAAAAUUAACGGUAUUCUUUUGCUUCUAGUCUUUUUCUCGUGGUAUUGGCGUUUGCAUUUUUUUUUUGAAGGGGUUGCUUAAUGCUUCUGUUGUUUUACGCUAUUUUUAUUCUUGUUUUAUCGUAAAGGUUGAUUGAUUGAUGGUAAAUAAUAUGUGGGUUUCUUUCUGUGCGUUGUUGAGGAAUAAACGAGGCGAUGGAUAUGCCUAUGGUUUAUGUCAUUUAUGCGUGCUUUGAGUGGAGUGCUGGUGCCUGCAAUGCAAUUGAAAAAAGAUUCUUAAUUAAGUUCCUUGUAUGUUGUCAAUAUAUUAUUCAGUAUUGUAUUUUUUUUUUAAAUUUUGUUAUGUUUAUUUAGUUCGGAAAUACUCUAGAUUUUUUUAUUAUCCAUUUUUUUGUUGGUGUGGAUCUGAAGCACAAUAUUUGGACUUCAGAAAUUUAUUUAUGUAUUUGGGACUUUGAACCAAUUAAAUCAAAUUCACA